AUGUGCAAUGCUUCAAUCUACACCAAACCGAACUCAAUACUCUUACCCAUUUCAUCAUCUCAACAAUUCUCAUCGUUAUAUUGCGGACAAUGCCCUAAUGCUGGCUCUAUGUUGAAUGGAUUGUUUGGGUCUCAAAGCAUUAGGGCUUAUAGUCUUUUGAGCUUGAAUGAUCUGAGAGAUAAUAAGGGAGCCAGAAAGCAGAAGACUAGGAAGGGUUGUGGAAUUGGGUCAGGGAAGGGCAAGACUGCUGGGAGGGGUCACAAGGGCGGUCAGACUCCGCUUCGUCGCCGGUUGCCUAAACGCGGGUUUAAGAACCCCUUUAGCCUAACAUUUCAG